ACCGCCCGGAGUUAGCUCGCCGUGCCCGGCCUCCUGCACCCCUCCUGCUUCCCCGGGUGCCGGAGCCGGAGCCGGAGCCGCCCUCCCUCCUGCUCGGGUCACGCGGCGGCCGGCGCUGCUGCCGUCACGUCCUCGGCCGCCGGCGCGCCUGCUUGUCUGUCCUCCUGCUCCUUCCUCAGCCUCCUCCCCCUCGGCGCGCCCUCUGCCCCAACCCGAACUUCCUGUCACCCGGCACGCGGGCGUGGGGACCCGGAGUGGGCCCUGUGCCGACUGCCUUCCCCAAGGAGAAAGGGCUGCUUUCUGCAGGACUCUUCCCUGGCUUGGUGAGGGGAGGCCCUGGUGCGCAGGUCCUGCGAUGUGUGCCACCCACUUGCCCCUUAGAAGGUCCCACCUAAUGGCCUCUGCCAGCUGCCUUGGGCAUAGGGCUCCCAUUCGCCCGCAGUGGAUGAGGGACAGGUCUGUGCCCCAGAGUUAAAUCAAGAGGCUGACGCUGACUCCUGGCUACACCUCCCAGAAGUGGAGUCUAAAUUUAGCUGGGGUUGGUGCGUGUGUAUGUGUGUGUGUCCAGCGGCCAGGUGAAGAAGAGAACCCGCCUGGCCCCACGAGAUUCCUUAUUCCCUGUUCUCUCGGGAACAGUGGGAGGUUAGUAGGACUGCACAUCCUGGAACCGUUCUGAGCCUCCUCGGCCUCGCUCAGGGUCCUCUAGUCUGAGGUUCCAACUUGGCGUGAUGGUGUGCUGACACCUUCAAUGGUAACCCCACCACUGCCACCUCACACACCCACAGGCUGACUUCCUCUGAGUUGCAGCUUCCCCUCCACUGUUUCAGGAAGUAACCUCCCUUCCCCUCUGAAGCACCCCCCACGCCUCCGGGCCCCUGCUGCAAGCUACCCACCAGGCUCUUUUCCAGCUUCUGCACCCUGGGGCGCCUCAGGACCCUUGGGGCUUCUACUCCCCCGGGUUGGGCCAUGGAGGCAGGUGAGAACUAGACUGUUGUAGACUGUUGUGGGCCUGCCUGUUUCUGUCUCUCGGCUCCAUGGUGGAGGGUGUGGGAUGGCUGGGACUUGUCUCUUGCAGCCACUUUGGAUCUAAUGAGCUACCUAAGGAUCCUGGAGGUGUGAGAACACUGUUUUUUGGGCCAGACUGGUGGAGUUAAGCUAGGAGAAAGGACACUUGGGUUCUUUGAAAAGACUAAAACUUUGGCUCUGUGGGCUUUCUCAGAAACCUUAGAAACCUCGGAGUGGGCUCUUUAAGAACAUUGGCAGGAUCACAAGGUUCUUAUGGUGUCAAAACUGGAGUAGGGAGGUCAGAAACCCUUAAAAAAAACUGUCAGGUUGGUAUGAUGUCAUGACCAGCAUGAAUGAUGUCAUGGAAGGCUAUUACAGACAACAUUGUGAUCUCUGUGAUGUUAUAACUGGUUAGCUUUUAAAAGGGACACAUGGACAAUGUGAUGUCAAAGCCCAGGUUAGCUGUGUGUGGUGGAGUCGAGGUUCUUUGAGGAGAACGCCAGGACCACUAGGCGGGAGGGACCUGGUCUCUUUAAGAAGCUGUGGUGGGCAGUGAGAGCCUGGUGAUGUCACAGGCGGGAGAGUUCAGGAUUGGCCGGCCCCUUAUCCUGCCUUUCUUUGGAAGGACUAGGAAGAGGAGGGGAGCAAGAGGGCACCCUGGUUGCCAUGGAAUCCCCAGCCUUCCUUGCUUCAUCUCUCUUCCACUUGACCAUUCCAGAUGCAGUGAGUGAGGGGGGGGCCAUGGCGGAGGAGCGGCCCCCCCGGCUGGUGGAUUACUUCGUGGUAGCUGGGCUUGCAGGGAACGGAGCACCCAUCCCUGAGGAAACGUGGGUUCCCGAACCCAGUGGGCCCCUGCGCCCUCCCCGGCCAGCUGAGCCCAUCACAGAUGUGGCAGUCAUCGCUAGGGCACUGGGCGAGGAGGUGCCCCAGGGCUACACAUGCAUCCAGGCUUCCGCCGGGGGCCACCCCUUGGAACUCAGUGCUGGGCUUCUGGGUGGAACUCAACCCGUCAUCUGCUACCGCAGGGGUCGUGACAAGCCCCCCCUCGUUGAGCUGGGGGUGUUGUAUGAGGGGAAGGAACGUCCCAAGCCCGGCUUCCAUGUGCUUGACACGACACCCUACAGCCACUCAGCAAACCUGGCCCCUCCAGGCCCCGGGCACCCCCGCACCUACCUCACUUACCGGCGGGCAGCAGAGGGGGCAGGGCUGCAUGCCCUAGGCAUCACUGACCUCUGCCUGGUGCUGCCCAGUAAGGGCGAGGGCACUCCUCAUACUUACUGCCGGCUGCCCCGCAACCUCAACCCUGGCAUGUGGGGCCCAGCAGUGUACCUGUGCUAUAAGGUGGGCCUGGCGAAGGCCAACACGCUGGUGUACGAGGCAGAGCUGCUGGGCCGCUACCCGGAGGAGGACAAUGAGGCGUUCCCGCUGCCCGAGUCAGUGCCCGUCUUCUGCCUGCCCAUGGGGGCCACUAUCGAGUGCUGGCCUACCCAGACCAAGUACCCCGUGCCCGUCUUCUCCACCUUUGUGCUCACGGGUGCAGCUGGUGAUAAGGUGUAUGGUGCCGCCCUGCAGUUCUACGAGGCGUUCCCGAGGGCCAGGCUGUCAGAGCGGCAGGCACGGGCACUGGGCCUGCUGAGCGCCGUGGAGCGGGGCCGGGCACUGGGGGGCAGAGAUGUGCGCAGCCGGCGCGCCAUCGCUGUACUGUCCCGCUGGCCUGCCUUCCCUGCCUUCCGCGCCUUCCUUACCUUCCUUUACCGCUACUCCGUCUCAGGCCCCCACCGCCUGCCCUUGGAAGCGCACAUCUCCCACUUCAUUCACAACGUCCCCUUCCCUUCCCCACAGAGACCCCGCAUCCUAGUGCAGAUGUCUCCCCAUGACAACCUGCUCCUCUGUCAGCCGGUAUCCUCACCCCUGCCCCUCAGUGGUGCCAGCUUCCUGCAGCUGCUGCAGAGCCUGGGCCCUGAGCUGGCUAUCACACUGCUGCUGGCUGUGCUCACAGAGCAUAAGCUGCUGGUCCACUCGCUGCGGCCAGACCUGCUCACCAGCGUCUGUGAGGCCCUCGUCUCGAUGAUCUUCCCACUGCACUGGCAGUGCCCCUACAUUCCGCUGUGCCCGCUGGUACUGGCAGAUGUGCUGAGUGCCCCUGUGCCAUUCAUUGUGGGUAUCCACUCCAGCUACUUUGAUUUGCAUGACCCUCCUGCUGAUGUCAUCUGUGUUGACCUUGAUACCAACACGCUCUUCCAGACUGAGGAAAAGAAGCUCCUCUCCCCUCGGAUCCUGCCCCGCAGACCCUACAAGGUUCUGCUGGCCACACUGACAAACCUGUACCAGCAGCUGGACCAGACAUACACUGGACCUGAGGAGGAGGCGUCCCUGGAGUUCCUACUGACAGACUACGAGGCAGUGUGUGGCCGCCGGGCCCGGCUAGAACGUGAAGUCCAAGGAGCCUUCCUCCGCUUCAUGGCCUGUCUGCUCAAGGGCUACCGAGUCUUCCUGCGCCCACUCACCCAGGCCCCGUCCGAGGGAGCUCGUGAUGUUGACAACCUUUUCUUCCUGCAGGGCUUCCUCAAAUCCCGGGAACGCUCCAGCCACAAACUUUACUCUCAGCUGCUGCACACACAGAUGUUCUCACAGUUCAUUGAGGAGUGCUCUUUCGGCUCUGCUCGCCAUGCUGCCCUCGAAUUCUUCGACUCUUGCGUUGACAAGGUCCACCCAGAGCAGGAGAAGCCUGAGCCGACACCCUUAGUGGAGCUUGAGGAGCUGUCGGGAAGUGAGCUCACUGUCUUUAUCACACCUCCCGAGGAGCCUCCCGUACCAGAGGGCAGUGAUUCCACUCCCCAGUACUGCUACGAUGGGUUCCCAGAGCUACGGGCUGAGCUGUUUGAGUCUCUUCAGGAGCAGCCUGGGGCCCUGCCUGUGCCGGGCCCUUCCCGUAGUGCCCCCAGCAGUCCUGCUCCUCGCCGUACCAAACAGGAGAUGAAGGUUGCACAGCGGAUGGCACAGAAGUCAGCAGCUGUGCCUGAGCUAUGGGCCCGGUGCCUGCUGGGGCACUGCUAUGGGCUGUGGUUCCUCUGUCUGCCCGCCUAUGUGCGGUCGGCACCCUCCCGGGUACAGGCCCUGCACACAGCCUACCAUGUGCUGCGCCAGAUGGAGAGCGGCAAGGUGGUGCUCCCUGACGAGGUGUGUUACCGGGUGCUGAUGCAGCUCUGCUCACACUAUGGGCAGCCUGUGCUGUCUGUGCGGGUCAUGCUGGAGAUGCGGCAAGCAGGCAUUGUGCCCAACACCAUCACCUAUGGAUACUACAAUAAGGCUGUGCUGGAAAGCAAGUGGCCGUCUGGCACACCAGGUGGGCGCCUGCGCUGGGCCAAGCUCCGGAAUGUUGUCCUGGGGGCUGCUCAGUUCCGCCAGCCCUUGAGAGAACGGCGACAGCAGCAGCAGCAGGAGCAGCAGCAGCAGCAGGUGUCAGCUCAGCAAGACGCAGGCAGCUCCCAGGCCGAGCCCUAUCUGGAGCGCCCUUCCCCUACUCGCACCCUUCAGCGCCAGACUACUUGGGCUGGGCGAAGUCUGAGAGACCCGGCCUCACCCCCUGGGCGCCUGGUGAAGAGUGGUAGCCUGGGCAGUGCCCGAGGGGCACAGCCCACUGUAGAGGCUGGUGUGGCCCACAUGAUAGAGGCCUUGGGGGUCCUGGAACCCCGGAGAUCACCUGUGCCCUGGCAUGAUGGAAGUCUCUCAGACCUGAGCCUGACAGGGGAAGAGCCAGUCCCUGGAGGCAGCCCAGGUGGCUCCGGCUCAGCCCUGAGUGCCCAGUCCACUGAGGCCCUGGAAGGGCUGAGUGGGCGGGGACCCAAGGCUGGCGGGCGACAGGAUGAGGCAGGCACCCCCCGGCGAGGGCUGGGUGCCCACCUCCAACAGCUGCUUACUCCUUCCCGCCACUCCCCCACUUCCCGCAUUCCCCCACCUGAGCUGCCUCCUGACCUGCCACCCCCAGCCCGCCGCAGCCCCAUGGACAGCCUUCUGCACCCCCGGGAGCGUCCUGGAUCCACUGCCUCUGAGAGCUCGGCCUCUCUGGGCAGUGAGUGGGACCUCUCAGAAUCUUCUCUCAGCAACCUGAGUCUUCGCCGUUCCUCAGAGCGCCUCAGUGAUACCCCUGGAUCCUGCCAGUCACCUUCCCUGGAAAUUCUGCUGUCCAGCUGCUCCCUGUGCCGCGCCUGUGAUUCGCUGGUGUACGAUGAAGAAAUCAUGGCUGGCUGGGCACCUGAUGACUCUAACCUCAACACAACCUGCCCCUUCUGCGCCUGCCCCUUUGUGCCCCUGCUCAGUGUCCAGACCCUUGAUUCCCGCCCCAGUGUUCCCAGCCCCAAGCCUGCUGGUGCCAGUGGCAGCAGAGAUGCUCCUGUCCCUGGGGGUCCUGGUCCUGUGCUCAGUGACCGCAGGCUCUGCCUUGCUCUGGAUGAGCCCCAGCUCUGCAAUGGGCACAUGGGGGGAGCCUCCCGACGGGUUGAGAGUGCGGCAUGGGCAUACCUGAGCCCCCUGGUGCUGCGUAAGGAGCUGGAGUCACUGGUAGAGAAUGAGGGCAGUGAGGUGCUGGCAUUGCCUGAGCUGCCCUCUGCCCACCCUAUCAUCUUCUGGAACCUUCUGUGGUAUUUCCAACGGCUACGCCUGCCCAGUAUUCUACCAGGCCUGGUGCUGGCCUCCUGUGAUGGGCCUUCACACCCCCAGGCCCCAUCUCCUUGGCUAACCCCUGAUCCAGCCUCUGUUCAGGUACGGCUGCUGUGGGAUGUACUGACCCCUGACCCCAAUAGCUGCCCACCUCUCUAUGUGCUCUGGAGGGUCCACAGCCAGAUCCCCCAGCGGGUGGUAUGGCCAGGCCCAGUACCCGCAUCCCUUAGUUUGGCAUUGUUGGAGUCGGUGCUGCGCCAUGUUGGACUCAAUGAAGUGCACAAGGCUGUGGGGCUCCUGCUGGAAACUCUAGGGCCCCCACCCACUGGCCUGCACCUGCAGAGGGGAAUCUACCGUGAGAUCUUAUUCCUGACAAUGGCUGCUCUGGGCAAGGACCAUGUGGACAUAGUGGCCUUCGAUAAGAAGUACAAGUCUGCCUUUAACAAGCUGGCCAGCAGCAUGGGCAAGGAGGAACUGAGGCAGCGGCGGGCACAGAUGCCCACUCCCAAGGCCAUUGACUGCCGAAAAUGUUUUGGAGCACCUCCAGAAUGCUAGAGACCCUUAAUCCUCCCUCUCCAGCCUGGGGUGGGGAAAUGAGGGAGAAGGGAUUCUAGAGUUAACCUGCGUCCCUGUUUCCUUCAUGGAGUUGGGAAUAGGCUGGGAAGCAUGCCCAGUCAAAGGCUCCAAUCGAGGACAGCAGGAAGAGGGACCCACUGUUACCAAAAGUCCUGAUUCCCCCGUCUCCAACCUACCCAGUUUGUUCAUGCUGAUGUUGGGGGAGAUCUAGGGGUGUUGGUACAGCUCUGUUCUUCCCUUGUCCUAUACCAGGAACUCCCCUCCAGGGUACCCACAGAUCUGCAUUGCCCUGGUCAUUUUAAAAGUUUUUGUUUUAAAAAACAACUGGAAAGAUGCAGAGCUACUGAGCCUUUGCCCUGAAAGGGAGGUAGGGAGCUCAUUCUCCACCAAUAAUGGUCCCUCUUCCCUGGCAUUGCUGAAGGAGCCCAAGGCUCUCCAUGCUUUUCUACCUGAGUGUUUGUAUUUUAUUUUAAGUUAUUUAUUUUGGAGCCACAGCCCCCUUGCUUAUGAGGUUCUUAUGGAGAGUGAGAAAGAGAAGGGAAAUAGGGCACCAUGGUCUGGUGGUUUGUAGUUCCAAAGUCAGGUAUUGGGAGCUAGAGGAGUCUCAAGCUCUCCGUAGGAAGAACUGGUGUCCCCUCCAGUCCAAAUUUUUCUUGCUCGCCCCACCUUGGGGAAUGCCUCACCCACCCAGGCCCUGACCUGUGCAAUAAGGAUUGUUCCCUGCGAAGUUUUGUUGGAUGUAAAUAUAGUAAAAGCUGCUUCUGUCUUUU